AUUUUUUUAGUGAGGUUAGGUUGAGAAUCAAUUCAAAUUAUUCUGACAAUCAUAUGUUCACAACAACAAAUGUUUACACAUUAUGAAAGGAUGGAAGAACUUUGAUUUUGGUGCCAGUUUUAAAAAGGAUGAAAAUGAAGAACAAAAACAAACACAAAUUGCACCACCUGAAAAACCAAAGCCAGUGAAAGCCAAAAAUGUUGUUUCAAAAACAAUUAAAACAUUCAAUUUUGAAUCAGAAAUAUCACCUAAAAAGGUAGAAGAUUUGGCUGUACAUCCUAAAAAACUUAAAGAUGUAGAAACUUGGCUACAAACAACUGUUCUAACACAGAACAACAAGCAAACAGCAUCAUUCCUGUUGAUAACUGGCCCAACUGGAUGUGGAAAAACGGCAACAGUUAACGUACUUUGUAAAUCUCUUAACAUAAAUGUAAGUGAAUGGGUCAAUCCAAUAGAUCAGGACUUCGAAAUAUGCAGGGGGCCUAAUCAAGUGAACAAGUUUAUUGAAUUCUUGUCUGAAACCAAAUAUGCUUCUCUAUUUGAUGAUUCUGGUGGGAAGAAAAUUGCUCUGGUAAAGGAUUUCCCCAAUGCAGUCAUUCAUAAUCCUGAUGAGUUCUUCCGAGUCUUGGAAGCAUGUUAUUAUCAGUGCAAAUGUCCUGUUGUAUUCAUUUCUACUGAAGCUGGUAGCAACAAUGUUAAUUUGUCACAUAAUUUAUUUCCAGAUGAAAUUAAACUCAAGUACCAAAUUGCUGAAAUCCAGUUUAAUGCAUGUGCAACAACCAUCUUAAAAAAUGCUUUGAAGAGGGCUGCCUCAAUUUUACAAUCUAAACCAGAGUUGUUUAAACCUGUGCCCGCUCAAACUAUAGAAGCGAUUUUAGCGUCUUGCAUGGGAGACAUUAGGAGUGGUGUAAAUCAGUUAUACUUAGCAAGUGUGAUUGGUUGUAGUGAACUUCCAACUGAACUAGAUAAAAAGGGGAAAAGCACAGGCACUAAACGAAAACGGACUGACAAAUCUACAAAAGUCAAGAACAUGUUAAAAGAUGAAACACUUGGAUUUUUCCAUGGUUUAGGCAGGGUUUUGAACCCAAAGAGAAUUGAAGUAAAUGGGCAGCAGAAAGUAAACUGUGAUUUUGAGAAACUUAUUGAAGAAUUCAGCACACUACCUGGAAUAUUUACGUCGUUUCUUUUUGAGAACUACAUCCAAUAUUUUGGAGAUAUAAAUGAUAUAAGUGAAGCAGCACAAAUUUUGAGCACAUCGCAAAUAUUUUUGGAUAAAUGGCAUGAUAGACACGAAACUUUGGUUUUUGCAUUGUGGGUUUCAGUUAUGGGAUUAAUGAUUCAUAAUCAGCACAGAGUCUCAAAAUGGACCCAGAUUAAAGGGCCUACAAAAGUAAAUAAAUGUAAUUUGAGGAAAGAAUUACGUGGAUUAUCACCUACAGAUUGUUAUUACCAUAAUUUAAUAAAUAAAUCAGAAAAAUACCAUAUGUUCAAUUGUGAAGAAUGAAAU